AUGUCUAGCGACGAGGCCACGGAAGCGUUGCUGCUCUGCUACUUGGACGGGAACAGACUCAUCUUUAGAUAUCUCCGUCGCAACGCAGGAGCGGAGAACAGCUCUAACUUCGCGACCAUCAGCAAGCCGUACCCGCUCAACUUGAGCAAUUCGCUAUACAGCUUGAUCCCGGGCUACCGGCCUUCGUGGCCCAUGCCGGUCAACUACAAUGACAAUAUAGAGAUCAAGUCUACCGGCGCUCUGACCUGGCAGGACGGCCUCGCCCAGCUGCAAAUGGUUGUCGUUGUCAGCCACGGCCAGCAGAGCAGCGAUGCCUCGAACCCGCGAUACAAGGCCUUUGUGCUGGAGCUCGCCCCGACCCUGGUCCGCCGGCGUCAAGCAGGACGACUUCUCACACAUGUCUGCAAGCAUCCUGACGUCAACGGCCGGCUGUUCGCCACGGUCUCGCCCUUCUUCCAGCCCAUCGAGCAUAAUCUGCUGGUUCCUGACGCCAACGACUCGUAUCGCGAACUCGCUUAUGACGAACGCAAAUGGCCCAGGGCCGACGACCGCUUUGCCGCACUCUGCUGCCGCAAAGACUCCGGUGACCGUGACUUCUCCGUGCCUGCGCGGGGCGGGACCGCGUACUUGACCGGUUACCGCCCGUCCGCCGACUGGUUCGCCUCGCCGGUGUUGAUUCCAAACGGACCACGAAUAGACAACAGGGGCACAGGAAACGUCGGACCGCAGCAGCUCAUCUACCUCGACAACUCGACUACCGUCUUUGCGCUAUAUACCCCGUUCCCAGAUGACAAUAGCGGCCAGAGCUCAUCGAGAGUCAUCACGCUCGGCUUCACCAGCGCCACCGCUAUGGGCAGGCUCACCUCCACCUCGACGGACACGCGGUGGUCCCUCCUCAACAUCACCUCGGGCAGCCACGGCUUCCGGGCGGCUUGUGCCGUCGCCGUCCAGCCACCCGACCCGUCCGCUCCGCCGCUCCUUUACAUCUUCGCCGUCGAUUCCAACGACAACAAUCAGGGCCGGCUCUGGUACAUGACGCUGCCCCUGUGCGGGUACGACUCCAUGUACGGCCACCCGAAGCUAGAGCCGGGAACUACCACCAUCGAGGUGGGCGAUCAGGCCGCCAGCAACAGCCUGGAAUGGGUAGACGACUUUUCUCGGCAGCCCAUAAACGCCGAACCGACGAGGCCGCUCAAGGUCGUCCGCUACGGCAACUCUCUUGGUGUUUUCCACCAAGUCGGUGGUGAGAUUCGAUUGCUCAGACUCGACCUGCAAAAGGAUGGCUCCCUCAUCGAUCCUGCCUUUCCCCAAUUUAAACACAUGUAUCGUCAGUAUACCAAAGUCACGUCUGAGAAUUCGGCUAUGCUGGUAUCUGCUUGCGCCAUGCCCCUAAAGUUUUGCAACCGCUUUGUUUAA